AUGGAAGUAGACAUACCUCUAGUCAGAGAACUAAAGCCUAAUUUAAGAAGUCGAGGCACCCACGCCUUUAGACAGUAUUGCUUUAUUAUUAGGAAUGUUUCCAGAGGUGAGACCCUGAAUGGACAACGGUUGAUAGAAUUCCGGCUGGGUCCGGAGACGGACUCGGAGCAUGGUGAAGGGCUGGCGGUGGAAUCCGCUGAGCUGAUGGUGCGCGCGGAGACGUCGCCGCGCGCACGCCGCCUGCGCUACACGCUAUGGGCCUUCACCGUCACUGGCAAUGCCAGUGUCGGCGAGCUGGCCGGCGCCGCCAAGCGGGACCCGUCCCGCGGUUGGCAGCGCAUCGACGUGACGGCAGCGGUGCGGCGGUGGGCGCGGGGCGAACGUGCUCGGGGCCCGCUGCGGCUGCUGCUGGACUGCAGCGGCUGUUUGGGCCGCGUGCGGCUGCGGCUGGGCGGCGGGCAGGCGGCGCGCCCGCUGCUGCGGCUGCGACUGCACCCGCCGCCCGCGCGCCGCCGCCGCGCCCUCAUCUGCGACGCCGCCAACCACGGCCGCUGCUGCCGCCAGACAUACUACGUGAGCUUCCGCGCGCUCGGCUGGGACGACUGGAUCGUCGCGCCGGAGGGCUACUAUGCGAACUACUGCCGCGGCGCGUGCUCGCCUUUCCUCAACUACCACUCGCAGGUGGUAGAGGCGGCUCGCCUGGAGCGCGCCGCAUGCUGCGCGCCUGUGCGCUUCUCCGCGCUGUCCCUCAUCUACUUCGGCGCCGACUCGAACAUCAUCAAGCGCGACCUGCCGGAGAUGGUGGUCGAGGAAUGCGACUGCCCGUAGCGGCGCCCCUGUACAUAGCCUGCCGCUCCGCCCCGCGUCCCGCUCUCCGCCGCCCCCGCCGCGGCGUGCUUCUGCCGCUCUCGAAUCCGAUUUAAUCCGAAUCGAUUAUAAAUAAUAUUCUCGACUUGUGUAAUAUUUUGUUCCUCGCGUUCGAAAGACUAUAUCCUAAAAUCGAUAAAUAAAACUAUCUACACGGACGACGUCGCGUUCCCGUAUCGUGCGCUGCUCGUUUAUCACUGCUAUAAGCAUAUCGCAAACGACGGCAUGUUCAGCAUAUCUUCACCGCCUUCAUAGGGUACGGUAGUGGUCGACGUUAGCUAAUGUUUAGGCGGGCGCCGGCGCCAGCGCGCGGCUCACGCGCGAACGCGACGCCCCGUGUGUAGAUGGCCUAAAUAAUUUAAUAUGCCGUUUUCUUUCACCCUGUUUGGUGAUCGCUUGUAAUUAUUGUAAACUGUAUUAUAAUAAUUAUUAUAAUUAUAUUAAUAAUAAAUCAACUUUUUCAUAAUUAU